GAAAAGCUGCAGAGGACAGCAGCUUCGAUCCUAUCGCUUGUCCUGGGAUCGAUGAGGAGCCCACUGACACAGAGAAGGACUUCGCUACGGACCCGGUCUGGAAGUACUUCACUUACGACACCUUCGACAGCCGCACGUGGAAGGUUCUGGACGGUCUGGAGACUUGUCUCCGGAGCGUGCCGGGUGGAACUACCAAUCCAUGGGUCGGCGCCGCCGAUUUGUGGGAG